AUGAGCAAUUCAACUCUUAAUAUCGUUGAUCUAUGCGACGAACUGUUGCUUAACAUUUUAAACAAACUUAAUAAUGUGGAUGUAUUAUAUUCACUCAUAGGAGUCAAUAAAAAACUCGACAGAUUAGCUCGAGAUAUUACUUUUACACAGUCUAUCAAUCUAGUAACAACACUAUCAAAUGAACAUGAUAAUUCAAUACUCGAUAGAUUCUGUCUUUUAAUUUUACAACGAAUUCAACACAAUAUCGAAUGUCUUACUCUUAACUCAUUAUCAGUAGAUCGUGUUCUUCGUAUUGGAAAUUAUUCCAAACUUCAUAAACUAAGUCUUGUUAAUCUUCCAAUUGAAAUGGCAUGUCGUAUUUUCAAUGAUGAAUCAUCAUUGGUUUAUACUUUCCGUCAUCAAAUUUCACAUCUUAUUGUUACAAUAAACAUAGAUAAUAAAUCUCAAGAUAUAUUAGAAAUCUGGUAUAGUGAUUUAUUGUAUUCACCAAAUGCAUUUAUUGAUUCAUCAUCUAGACCAUACUAUUCAUCAAAUAUUAGUUAUUUAAAUGUUAGACUUAACAAUUUUAAUGAUUGUAUUUGUUUACUUAAUGCAGAUCUUAGUCAAUUACAAACAUUGGUUGUAGAAAUUGAUACCAUUGAUAAAACAUUGAUGACUAUUAAUACUACGAAAAUUGUGUCUAAUUUAAAAUGUUUCUCAUUGAUUUCAUUUCAUGAAACAAUCGAAUAUGAUGCUAAAAUUGUUCCAUUGCUUCAACAUAUGUCAAAAUUAGAAAAACUUAUAUUAUCUUUAAUUGUUGAUCAGCGAAACUCAUUUAUUGAUGGCAAUCAUUUAGUUAAUGGUAUUCUUAGUAAAAUGCCAGAUCUUCAUACAUUUAUCUUCAAUAUUAUUACCAAAAGAGUCAUAAUAGAAGAAGAAUUUUUACCAACUUGUGAUAAUAUUCUACGUCCACUCAUCGAAAAAGAAUAUAAUGCCGGAUGUUAUACUGAUUAUUGUACAUUCAGCAAGGGUCAAUGUCAUAUUUACUCGCUUCCAUUUACUUUCGAAUGCAUGCAUAUAUUUACUAGUAAAUUUCCUGAUGGUUUAUUCGUGAAUGUUCGUCACUUCGUUGCAGGUUCUGAUUGGCAUCCGUUUGAACAUGAAUUUUUUGCUCAAAUCUCAAAAGCUUUGCCAUUAUUAAAUAAGUUAACAGUACGUAAUACAAAUGGGCAAGAAAAGAAGUUGCCAUAUCUACAAGCUAAAUAUGAGCAAACAUCAUCAGUUAUUGAAUUUCCUCAUCUUACGAUACUUAAUGUGGGUGGAGCUUCUCUGGAUUAUGUCGAACAAUUUCUUUUCGACUUCUACACACGUUUAACUAGUCUUCACACAUUACAUGUCGAAUAUGAACUAUUAUUAUUUGCAACACAGUAUUUUACAGAAGAUGCUGCUCGUGCAAAUUGUUUAAAAGUGAAACAUAUUUUCUUUGAUCGAAGACCAGAAAUGUUUCCAGAAAACUUUCGGAAUUAUUUUCCUUUGUUAUAA